UUCUCACACACACUUCCGGUAAGUGAGAAACAUGGGUGCGUACCGGAGAAAACGUGGUUCGGCUAGGGAGCCUAUGGUCGUUAGCAAGAAGGCCAAGCUACAGCCAGAGGAGAGAGCUGCGGGAACCGGAGAGGAGUAUAGCGUUCCACCGCCUGUGUCUGAGGGCAAAUGGAAGAACAAGGAGAGAGUGCUCAUUUUUUCCUCCCGCGGCAUCAAUUUUCGCACAAGGCAUUUGAUGCAAGAUUUAAGAACAUUAAUGCCACACUCUAAAGCAGAUACUAAAAUGGACCGUAAAGAUAAGCUUUUUGUGAUAAAUGAGGUUUGUGAAAUGAAAAACUGCAACAAAUGCAUCUAUUUCGAAGCCAAGAAAAAGCAGGAUCUAUACAUGUGGUUAUCAAAUUCUCCUAAUGGACCAUCAGCAAAGUUCUUGGUUCAGAAUCUUCAUACACUGGCAGAACUGAAGAUGACAGGAAACUGCUUAAAAGGAUCUCGUCCUAUUCUCUCAUUUGACCCGGUCUUUGAUCAGGAACCUCAGUAUGCUCUAUUAAAAGAGCUCAUUACACAGAUUUUUGGAACCCCCAGAUAUCACCCUAAAAGUCAACCUUUUGUGGAUCACGUAUUCACUUUCUCAAUAGCAGACAACAGGAUCUGGUUUAGAAAUUAUCAGAUUAUAGAAGAAGAUGGUUCUCUUGUGGAAAUUGGACCUCGUUUUGUUUUGAAUUUAAUUAAGAUUUUCCAGGGAAGCUUUGGAGGACCAACAUUAUAUGAGAACCCCAGAUAUCAGUCACCUAACAUGCAUCGCCGCAUGAUCCGGUUGGCUACAGCUGCAAAGGUCAAAGAAAAACAGAAGAUGAAGGAGUUGCAGAAGAUAAAGAAGACUGAGGAGAAAGAGAUUCUCCCCCGCGAUCCCACAUCAGAAGUCUUCCAAACCCCAGCUGAGGAGAAACCCCAAAUCAUUGAAAUGGAACCACCUCCACAAAAACCCAGUGUUAAGAAGAAAGGCAAAAUGUUUAAACGGCACAGAAUGGUGCAGAAAAAAGUUUGAACUGUGGGGGUUUGGGAAUGUUUUAUUUAGCUUUCAAGAAAGAAAGGUUAUGUUUGUUUUAUUACAAUCAUUAAAACUGAUCUUUUCCACUUGCUUUGUCCAACAAGAAAUCCUUCUACAAUCUGCGUUGGCGUCAGGUAAAUGUCAUGACUGCAGCUUGUUUGUUUAACCGUUUAUAUACAGCAACUGCUGUCCAUUUUGUGUAUAAUGUUCACAGAUUUUUCCAUAUGUGUAAAAGUAAAUCAUUCUCAAGUAAUAA